CGGUCAUGGGAAUAGAUGAAGUUGGUGAUGCACAAGAGAUUUAUAUCAAGCCAUUACUAUACAGAUUUGUAUAGGAAGUUGCAAGGGCUGGUUCGAGGUUCCAUGAGUGUAGAGGAUUAUUAUAAGGAGAUGGAAAUCGCCAUGAUUAGAGCAAACAUAGAGGAAGACAGAGAAGCAACAAUGGCUAGAUUCAUUGCCGGAUUGAACAAGGAGAUUGUUGACAUGGUUGAGUUGCAACAUUACGUAGAGAUGGAGGAGCUACUGCACAAAGCCGUUAAAAUGGAGAAGCAAAUCAAGUCCAAGAGGUUCAGAUCUAGUUCGUCCUCUAGCUCUCCGUGGAGAUCAAAUUGGAAGGACAAUAAAGCUACCUUUAGAACAAAAGAAGAAGAAAAGUCGAAGAAUUCGAUUGCUGCUCCUAAAGGUAAAUGCGAAACUAAAACUCUUACUAAGUCACGUGAUAUUAAGUGUUUUAGGUGUCAAGGAUUCGAACAUAUUGCUUCCGAAUGCCCAAACAAAAAGGUUAUGGUUGUAUGGCCAAAUUGAGAAGUCAAAAGUGCUAGCUCAAGCGACGAUGAGAUGCCACCAUUAGAGGAUCAUUCUGAUGUUGAAGUGGAAGAACCUGUGCAUGGUGAUUUACUUAUUACAAGGAGAGCCUUGAGUAUACAACCUAAGGAUGAAGGAGAUGAUGAGCAACAUCAGCAUAUUUUCCACAUAAGAUGCCACGUGAAGGAUAAGGUAUGUACGUUGAUUAUUGAUAGUGGGAGUUGUAGUAAUGUUGCUAGUACUUUGUUGGUAAAAAAGUUAAAUUUGAAGUGGGAGAAGCAUCCUAAACCGUACAAGCUACAAUGGCUGAAUGACUGUGGAGAAGUGAAGGUAAACAAGCAAGUUCGGGUUCCUUUUUCAAUUGGCAAGUAUGAGGAUGAGGUUCUUUGUGAUGUGGCACCGAUGUAUGCUGGUCAUAUAUUGCUUGACCGACCGUGGCAGUUUGAUAGGAGGGUGUCGCAUGAUGGGUACAAAAAUCGUUAUUCUUUUGUAAUGAACAACCAAAAAGUUGUACUAGCCCCUCUCAAACCUUUGCAAGCUUAUGAAGACCAGAUUAGGAUAGCAAGAGAGUGCAAAAUGAGAGAGAAACAAAAUGUACUUGCUGAAAAACAUGAGGUUAAGAGUGUAAUGAUGGCGAGGCAACAAGUACUUGUACUUUUGUACAAGGAUGUUUAUUUUUCUACUAACGACCUUAACUCAUCUUUGCCUAGUGUUGUCGUGUCUUUAUUGUAGGAAUUUGAGGACCUAUUUCUUGAGGAGAUUCCUCAUGGAUUGUCGCCUUUAAGAGGAAUUGAGCAUCAAAUAGACUUCAUACCUGGUUCCGCCAUACCAAAUCAAUCUACUUAUAGAGCUAAUCACAAGGAAACGAAGGAGAUACAAAGGCAAAAAGAUGGAACAUGGUGCAUGUGUGUGGAUUGCCGAGCUAUUAACAAGAUAACGGUAAAGUAUAGACAUCCUAUCCCCAGAUUAGAUGAUAUGCUUGAUGAAUUGCAUGGCUCUUAAUUGUUUUCUAAAAUUGAUUUAAAGAAUGGCUAUUAUCAGAUUCGCAUGAAAGAGGGAGAUGAAUGGAAAACUGCAUUUAAAACUAAAUAUGGAUUGUAUGAGUGGUUAGUAAUGCCUUUUGGUUUAACUAAUGCACCUAGUACAUUCAUGAGGUUGAUGAACCAUGUCUUGCGUGCUUUCAUGGGAAAAUUUGUGGUAGUUUACUUUGAUGAUAUUUUGGUUUAUAGCAAAAAUUUGGAUGAACAUGUGAAACACUUACAUGUUGUGUUUAGUGUGUUGAGGGAGCACCAAUUGUAUGCUAAUCUUAAGAAGUGCACGUUUUGAAUGGAAUAUGUUGUGUUUCUUGGAUUUGUUGUUAAUUCACAAGGUAUUAGUGUUGAUGAAGAAAGUAAGGCAAUAUGGGACUAGCCUACACCUAAGAAUGCGAACGAGGUGAGAAGUUUCCAUGGUUUAGCAAGUUUUUAUCGAAGGUUUGUUAAAGAUUUUAGUUCUAUUGCUACACCUUUGAAUGAACUUGUUAAAAAGAAUGUUGUUUUUAAAUGGGAUGAUGUGCAAGACCGGGCUUUCAAAACUUUGAAAAAUAAGCUAACUAAUGCACCUUUGUUGUGUUUACCUAACUUUGAUAAAGCUUUUGAGAUAGAAUGUGAUGCAUCGGGGAUUGGACUAGGAGCUGUUUUGAUGCAGAAUUCCAAACCAAUUGCCUAUUUUAGUGAAAAGCUAAGUAGGGCAGUGUUGAAUUAUCCUACGUACGACAAGGAGCUUUAUGCAUUAUUGAGAACUCUUCAAACAUGGCAGUAUUACUUGUGGCCGAGGGAAUUCAUCAUUCAUUAUGAUCAUGAGAGCUUGAAGUUCUUGAAGACCCAAGGUAAGCUUAAUAAAAGAUAUACUAAGUGGUUGGAGUUCAUAGAAACGUUUCCUUAUGUAAUCAAAUACAAGCAUGGGAAGGAAAACGUUGUGGUUGAUGCAUACGUAUUACUUACUUCAUUGCAAACUAAAUUACUUGGUUUUGAAUUGCUUAAGGAUUUGUAUGCCAAUGAUUCUGAUUUCAGCCAAGUAUGGAAUGCAUGUGAUAAGUGUGCGUUUGGUGACUUUUAUAGGCAUGAAGGAUUUCUAUUCAAGAAAGAUAAAUUAUGUGUGCCUAUUUGUUCUGUUCGUGAGUUGCUUGUUAGGGAAAGUCGUGGGGGAGGUUUGAUGGGUCACUUUGGUGUUCUAAAGACUUUAGAUAUAUUACAUAAGCAUUUUUAUUGGCCUAAUAUGAAGCACGAUGUGCAAUCUGUUUGUGAUAAGUGCAUUACAUGUAGGCAAGCAAAAUCUAAAGUUAGACCGCAUGGCUUGUAUACCCCUUUACCUGUACCUAAUCAACCUUGGAUUGAUAUAUCUAUGGAUUUUGUUUUAGGAUUACCAAGGACUCAAAGUGGUAAGGAUAGCAUAUUUGUUGUAUUUUCUCCUUUUGAAAUUGUUUAUGGCUUUAAUCCUUUAACACCUUUGGAUAUUUUACCUUUGCCUACUAAUGAGCAUGCUAAUCUUAAUGGUAAGAAAAAGAUAGAUUUUGUGAAGGAUUUACAUGCCAGAGUUUGGGCCAACAUUGAAAGAAAGAAUGAGCAAUAUGCUAAGCAGGCCAAUAAGGGGCAUUUGAAGGUUGUCUUCCAACCUGGAGAUUGGAUUUGGGUGCACAUGCAUAAGGAAAGGUUUCCCACACAAAGGAAAUCAAAAUUGCAGCCUCGAGGAGAUGGACCUUUUCAAGUCUUAGAGCGGAUCAAUGAUAAUGCCUACAAGCUAGAUUUGCCAAGCGACUAUGAUUCGAGGACGAAUCCUUUCGAAGAGGAGGGGAAUAAUGGAGAUAGAGGUGCUGACCAAAUUGAUGUUCCCAAAUAUUCUCAAGAUCCUUUGCAAGGAAUUGGCGGUCCAAUGACUAAGGCAAAGACAAAGAGGAUGAAAGAGGCUUUACAAGGCGUGAUCAUGGAAGUGCAAUACAAAGAGAUAACUACUAUCAGUCAUGAACCCAUUAUAUAG